AUGACCGGUGCCUUUUUGAAGCGCCUUGUCUUGGCGCUCCUGAUGAGCGCGCACGGGCUCCUGGCAGACCCCACGGUGCCCCCACGGACCGAGGAGGGGGAUGAACCCGCUGACAGCGCCUCCACGCUGGCUUUUGUGUUCGAUGUAACCGGCUCCAUGUACGACGACCUGAAACAGGUGAUCGAGGGAGCCUCGCGGAUCCUGGAGAAGACCCUCAGCAGGAGGACCAGACCUAUCAAGAACUUUGUCCUGGUUCCCUUCCACGACCCAGAUAUCGGACCUGUAUCCAUCACCACCGAUCCAAAGAAGUUCCAGCAGGAUCUUCGAGAACUGUUUGUCCAGGGUGGGGGCGACUGCCCUGAGAUGAGUAUAGGAGCUAUAAAGACAGCCCUGGAGGUGUCUCUGCCUGGAUCCUUCAUCUACGUCUUCACUGAUGCCAGGGCCAAAGACUACCGGCUGAAACAAGAGGUCCUGCGCCUGGUGCAGCUCCGUCAGUCACAGGUUGUGUUUGUGCUGACCGGGGACUGCGGGGACCGCUCCCAGCCUGGCUACAGAGCGUACGAGGAGAUUGCUGCCACCUCCUCAGGUCAAAUCUUUCACCUGGACAAGCAGCAGGUUAACGAGGUUUUAAAGUGGGUAGAAGAGACAGUUCAGGCCAUGAAAGUCCACCUGCUGUCUUCCAACCAUGACCGUGCCCAGGAAAAUAAAUGGGAAGUGCCCUUUGACCCCAGCCUGAGAGAGGUCACGGUGUCGCUCAGCGGUCCGGCGCCACAAAUCGAGCUGAGCGAUCCCCUUGGUCGGGAAGUUGGUGUUGAGCAGGGCCUUACAGAGCUCUUGAACAUUCCCAACUCUGCUCGUGUCGUCAACCUUAAGUUUCCCAGACCAGGAACUUGGAGACUCAAGGUAAGCUGCAGCGGGCGUCACACCCUGAGGGUCACGGGUGUCAGCAGUCUGGACUUCAGGGCUGGUUUUUCUACUGUACCUGUCUUGGAGUUUAACCACACCAGAGAGAGACCAAUUAAAGGACUUCCAGCUCAUGUUGUAUUAAAAUGUACAGGCCUGAAGCCCCCAGGUUUUCUGAGCCACGUGGAGCUUGUGUCAGGUUCAGGUUGCUCCUUACGCACAAUUCCUGUACCUCUGCCCUCUGACCUCGGCCUACAAGGGCUGUGGACUCUCCCGGAGUUUCGUUCACCUCCUCAGAGCUUCUUCAUCAAGGUAUCUGGCAAUGAUGAGAUGGGUUUCCACUUCCAGAGGCUGUCCAGUGUUUCCUACAGCAAUAUCAUUCCAGAUCCCCCAGUUGUGAGAAUGCCUGAUGUGGUGAAAGGCUUUUACAUGCAGCCGGUGGUGAUUGGCUGCUCCGUACAGAGUGACAUUCCCUACAGGCUGAGAUUCACCAGAAGCGGGAUCACGCUGGGAGAAGAGAAGCUCUUUCAUGGGCUCUCUUAUGGUAGACAACCUCUGCCCAGGGACCACUCCUCUUUGCAGCUUGACUCUGAAUACAUCCACAUUUCUCAUCCCACUGCUGACGACGCAGGGAUCUACAUCUGCACCGCCACCAGUCCUGUCGGCUAUGCCAGUCGAGAAAUCCAGCUUAGUGUCAACACCAUGCCAAGGAUAACGGGCAUGAGUGGCCAUGACAACGUUGUAGAAGUGGCUGCAGAGGUGGGGACAGAAGUUGUCCUCCUCUGUGAGGUCCAGGGACGUCCUUCUCCGUUGGUCACAUGGAGCCGAAAUGGACAUCCCAUCCCCCCCGUCACAGCUGGGUUCACUGUUUUGCCCUCAGGCUCUCUGAGGAUCACUGAUGUGCGUCUGAUUGAUAGUAAACUGUACACCUGCACUGCAGAAAACCCAGCAGGCAACGUGUCUCUGAGCUACAAUUUGCACGUCCAAGUUAAGCCCAGGAUUCAGCCAGCACCCUCCAUCUUGAAAGCCCUGCUUGGACAAACAGUGACUCUGCCUUGUGUGGUCCAGGGAGAGCCAAAGCCCGAGAUCAGCUGGUUCCACAACGGACAGCCUGUUGGCAAAAAGAACUCUGCGCCCCUAAAGAUCCAGCACGUCAGCCUCACAGACCAGGGCAUCUACCAGUGUGUGGCCAGAAAUAGUGCUGGACUGGAGAAGCUAGAAAUUAAUCUGGAAGUUCUUGAGGCCCCGUUCUUUGCAGAACCUGGAGAUGCCAUCAUGGAGAAAGUAGUGAACCGCAAGGUCAUCAUCCCCUGUCGAGCCGAAGGUUCACCUCGUCCCAAAGUGCGCUGGUUCAAGAAUGGCUUGGAGAUACACCCCGAACAAUCAGAGCUCUCUGUGGCGAGAGAUGGAGCUCUUGUAAUUAGCGCAGCAUCUGCCAGCCACAGCGGAGACUUCAAAUGUGUGGCAACCAAUGAGGCAGGCUCUGUAGAGAGAAAGACUAGGUUGAAAGUAAAUGUUCCCCCAGAGAUCCCAGAUGACGGCCAGCCACUAAACCUCACUGUCACCCUGAAGCAGCCUCUCACUCUGGGCUGUGAUGCUUUUGGCAUCCCUUCUCCAUCAGUAACCUGGACUAAAGAUGGUCACCUGGUGGACAGCCCUGGGGUGUAUCUGCAGAACGCCAACAGGUUGCUCCGAAUCUACCGAGUUCAGCCUGAACAUGCAGGACAGUUUGUGUGUACAGCUCAAAACACAGCCGGAAAGAAGAGACGAGAAUACAACAUAGUGGUGCAAGCUCCACCGGUGAUCUCGGGAACGUCCCGACUGCAGGAACUAACUGUGGUGCGGGGUCAGGAGGUGGAGUUUCAGUGCCUAGUUAGUGGACAACCAGCUCCCAGAGUGGAAUGGAGUCGCGAUGGAGAGGUACUGUCCCGUGAUGGAGAUCCACAUGUGGAGUUUCUGGAAGAUGGUCAGGUGCUGAGGGUGACGUCAGUAAGACUGAGGGACCAGGGGCUUUACCAGUGUCUGGCCAGGAACAGCGCAGGAACACAGAUGCGUCAGUUCAGACUUACAGUUCAAGCUCCCCCCAUAAUCAAGGGGGUGAAUGAGACCUCAGAGGUGUCAGUGGUACUGGGUUUCCCCUCAGUCCUCCCCUGUAAUGCCGAGGGCUCACCUACCCCCAGUAUCACGUGGCUAAAGGACAACCAGCCCCUCGUGUCCACGCCUCAGGUGACAUACACCAACGGAGGGCAGGCUCUGCGGCUGGGCUCAGCGCAGGGAGACAGCAGCGGCCUUUACACCUGCAGAGCAACAAAUCCAGCCGGCACGACCUUCAAACACUACUCACUCAGUGUUCUGGUUCCUCCACAGAUAGAAGGAGAAUCUUCAUCCUUCACAUUUGCUGGUCAUGAUGAAAAAGUGAAGAUUAAUGGGAGUUUAACUUUGUCUUGUAUGGCCAAAGGUUUUCCUGAGCCUAAAGUUCACUGGUUCAAAGAUGGUCAGCUGCUGACUGGAAACCACCCGGCUGACAUUCAGGAGAAUGGCAACUUCCUCCACAUAGAGAAUGCCUUGCUGACCCAUGAAGGCCAGUACACCUGUGUGGUCACCAACUCCGCAGGAGAGGACAAGAGAGAUUUUCACGUCACAAUCCAAGUUCCACCCAUCUUCCAACGCGUGACAAACAAGUUAGCAGCCUGGGGCCAGGCACAUGAGGGGGACAAUGAAGACAUGGUGGAGAGGAGAGAGGUUGUCCUCGGUCAUUCAGUCAGCCUGUCCUGUGAGAGCAAUGCCAUCCCUCGACCAAAACUCAGCUGGUACAAGGAUGGACGAAAGCUCACGUCUGCUGAUGGAGUGGCUCUUCUUCCAGAAGGCCAGGUGCUGCAGAUCACCCGAGUGCAGCAGGAGGAUGCUGGGAGGUACACGUGCCAGGCUGUGAAUGAAGCAGGGGAGGACCACAUGCAUUUUGAGCUGGAGGUCCUCAUUCCUCCUGUCAUUCUGGGAGCUUCGGAGGAGUUUAUGGAGGAGAUGGGUGCAGUGGUCAACAGCACUGUGGUUCUGCAUUGUGACGUGACUGGACAUCCGGCUCCGGUCAUCUCCUGGCUGAGAGAUGGACAGCCGGUGCACACAGACUCACAGCACCACAUCAUCGAGGACGGGGCACGACUUCAGCUCCUCAAUGUCCAGGUUUCAGACAUGGCAGGAUAUUCUUGUGUUGCUGAGAAUAAGGUUGGAACUGUUGAGAAGCUUUUCAGUCUGAUGGUCCAAGUGCCUCCUCGAAUAACUGGACCAAAUGAGGAGGAGGUGAGUGUCAUUGAGGGUCACAUGGUGUCACUGAUGUGUGACGUCCAAGCAUACCCUCCCCCAGAGAUCACAUGGACCAGGGACGGGCAGCUCCUCCGUUUCAGCACCUCCAUCCACAUCCUGCCAGGUGGCCAGAUGUUACAGUUGCCUGAGGCAGGACUGGACGAUGCAGGGCAAUACGUGUGCACGGCCACCAACUCAGCAGGGCAGGCCCAGAAGAGCAUUCUGCUUAGUGUCUAUGUCCCUCCCUCCUUGAAGCCCCGGCUUGACGUUGACGCAGACACAGUGACCCCUCAUGUUGGUAAAUCAGUCAUCCUGAGAUGUGAAGCCCAAGGUGUUCCUGAGCCAGAACUCACAUGGUACAAGAAUGGUCUUCAACUGGCUUCAGGGAACGGGCUGAAGAUAGACCACCACCAGCUGGAGAUCAUGAGAGUACAGAUCACAGAUGGUGGCACAUAUACUUGCAAAGUGUCCAAUGUGGCUGGACAGGUGGACAGGACAUUCAGACUGAUGAUUCAUGUUCUACCAAAGCUUGAUGGACCCCUGAGGGAGAUUCUAAAUUAUACUUUGGGUUCCCAUGUGGCCCUGGUGUGUGAGGCCACAGGAGUACCUGUCCCCAGCAUUACCUGGCUCAAAGAUGGAACUCCUAUAGAGAGCAGUUUGCAGUGGCAGUGGUCUGUCCGAGGUCACAGACUGGAGCUGGGGCCUCUGAGCUUGUCCCAUGCAGGGACAUACACAUGUGUAGCCAAGAACAGCGAGGGACAAAUACAGAAAGACUACACACUUGUGGUGCAAGUACCGCCCACCAUCCUGGACUCUGACCAAGCAUCUGAUGUAAGUGCACCCAUGGGAGAGGAGCUGAGCCUGGAGUGCAGAGCUAACGGACUCCCCACACCGCACAUCAGCUGGCUAAAAGACGGAGUACCUUUAGAGAGAUCGGACACACGCCACAUCUCUGUGACCCAAGAUGGGAGCACAUUAACCCUAAUGAGGCCUGGCCCUGAGGAUUCUGGGACAUACACCUGCUCAGCUGUCAGCCCAGCAGGCCAGGAGAGCAAAAUCUACACCCUUGUUGUUCUAGUUCCACCAUCUAUCUCUGGUGAGACCACCAUCCCCAGAGAGGUGCAGGUCACACAGGACAGCAUGGUGACUCUGGAGUGUCAGGCAGCAGGAAACCCUCCGCCUCAGAUCAGCUGGCUGAAGAAUGGCCGUCCUCUGCUCCUCUCCACUCGCACACGCCUCCUCUCUGGUGACUCUCUUCUCAGGAUUGCUCCGGUCCAACUGUCUGAUUCUGGAGUUUACACAUGUGUAGCACGGAGUCAAGCUGGUCUCGCUGAGCUCAGCUAUGAUGUACAGGUUCAAGUGCCCCCUGGUGUGGAUAAUGUGGAACCAGUGGAACCAGUCACAAUCGUCCAGGGAUCUUUGGUGACAUUGACCUGUGAGGCACGUGGUGUUCCCCCUCCCACACUGACCUGGCUGAAGGAUGGCCAUCCACUUUCUCUUCAUCGCAACUUGUUACUGGAUGGUGAGGAGACUCGGCUGCAGCUGCCAGAUGUGGCUCCUUCAGACGAAGGCCUCUACAGCUGUGUGGCCAGUAACCAGGCUGGAAGCAGCACUAAGAGUUUUAACCUCACCGUGCUCGUGCCUCCAAAGAUAUCCCGCGCCGGCUCUCCAGAAGAACUGACAGUAGCAAUAAACAGCCCACUUGAGCUGGAGUGCUCUGCUGUGGGGGUCCCUCCUCCCACCCUCAGCUGGCUCAAAGAUGGUCAGCCACUGGAGGGGACUGCUGUAAUUCAGCAGGAUGGACAAUUGGUUCGGAUCAGUAAAGUUCAGGUGGAGGAUGGAGGUCUCUACACCUGCUUGGCCAGCAGCCUCGCUGGAGAGGACGGAAAAAGCCACUGGGUUCGAGUCCAAGUUCCACCAACGCUGCUCGGCUCCGGUGAUGUGAAAGCAGUGACUGUGCCGGUUAAUGGACACCUGACAUUAGAGUGCCUGGCUGACAGUGACCCCCCUCCUAGCAUAGAGUGGUACAAGGAUAAGGCUAAACUGCAGCUGGGUGGGCGUGUCCAGCAUCUGGCAGGAGGUCAGUACCUGGAGAUCCAGGAAGUCAAGCGUGAGGACAGUGGCCAGUACAGCUGUGUGGUCACGAACAUGGCUGGAAGCACAAGUCUCUUCUUCACCGUGGAGAUUCUCUUACCGCCAGUAAUAAAGGAGAGUGCCUCCAUGAUAACUGUUCAUGUUGGUCAGGAUGCAGUUUUACCCUGCGAAGUUGAAGGUGACUCCUCAUCCACAGUCAUGUGGAGGAAAGAUGGCUUCCCUCUGCCUAGAAAUAAUAAUAGGUACACAAUGUUAUCAGAAGGCUCCUUGCAGAUACACAGGACUCAGGUGAACGAUGCUGGUCGUUAUUACUGCACAGUGUCCAACCAGGCCGGCUCCGAUCACAGAGGAAUGGACCUUCAAGUGUUUGUGGGCCCUUCAAUCCGACCAGGUCCAUUCAAUAUUACAGCAACCACUGGAAUUAGAGCCGUGCUGAGCUGUGAGACAACAGGUAUACCCACACCUAAAGUAUCCUGGAAGAGGAAUGGAACCCCAGUUGACACAAGCCAGCCUGCUGGUGCAUACAGGUUAUUAUCUUCUGGGUCUCUUGUUCUUUUGUCUCCAUCCAAUGAGGAUGAAGGUUAUUUUGAGUGCACGGCAGUCAAUGAUGCUGGAGAGGAGCGCAGGGUAAUCGAAGUUGUCCUGCAAGUGCCACCAUCUAUUGAGGAUGAUGUCACAGCAGUUAAGGCAGUGAAAAUGUCCCCCGUGGUGUUGCCUUGUCUCACACAUGGACGCCCACAGCCCGCUGUCACCUGGUCCAAAGGUGGAGCUAAACUGAGCACGAGAGGAGGAAGUUAUCGUGUUCUUCCCACUGGGGUGCUGGAGAUCACAGCUGCUUUGCCAAGUCAUGCUGGCAGAUACACAUGCUCAGCCCGUAACCCAGCCGGAGUGGCUCACAAGCAUGUCUCUCUCACAGUACAAGAGCUGCCAGAGAUCCGACCAAUGGCGGAGGAAGUGCAAGUAGUGUUGCAUCAUGGAACUGUACUUCCCUGUGAGGUUCAUGGCUUCCCAAGACCGUCAAUCACCUGGCAGAGAGAGGGCGUUCCCAUAGCAGCAGGUCACAGGCUGGCUGUGCUCUCCAACGGAGCGCUGAAGUUCUCCCGUGUGACACUUGGUGAUGCAGGAACCUACCAAUGCCUGGCGAAGAAUGACGCUGGUGUAACUGUAGCAAAAACCAAACUGGUCCUUCAAGUUCCACCUGUGCUGAGUGUGCCUCGUGUCGAGUACACGGCUGUCCUAGGUCAGCCAGUCAGUCUGGAGUGUGUGGCUGACGGGCAGCCGCAACCCCAAGUUACUUGGCAUAAAGAAAGAAGGCCACUGAUUGAUGGGGCUCACAUCCGUCUCUUUGCCAAUGGAACUCUGGCAAUUACUUCCACGCAGCGCAGCGAUGCAGGACUUUACACGUGCACAGCCAAAAACGUGGCGGGAAGAACCAGCCACGAUAUGAGACUGCUUGUUCAAGUCCCACCCGUGAUUCCUCCUGCACAGACAGAGCUGUCAGUCAUUCAGGGUUUUCAGGCAUUUCUGCCCUGUGCAGCUCAGGGGUCACCAGAGCCCAGAGUGUCAUGGGAGAAGGACGGUGUCACUGUGCCCACCUUUCCUGGCAAAUUCACAGUCCUGCGGUCCGGAGAGUUGAUUAUAGAGAGAGCUGAGCCGGGGGAUGCUGGUGUAUUCACCUGCGUAGCCACAAACCCUGCGGGCUCUGUGAGACGAGACGUCCACCUCUCAAUCAACACGAGGCCCGUCUUCAAAGAGCUGCCAGGUGAUGUAACCCUGAACAAGGGGCAGAGCCUGGUCCUCUCCUGCCACGCUCAGGGAACCCCUCCUCCCACCAUCUUCUGGACUGUCAAUAGCAGACCCUUUACAGGAGCAGCUGUAGAUGAAGCAGGCAGGAGCGCAGUCAUCAUUGAGAAUGUGACUGUGAGCGAUGCUGGCACCUACGUGUGCUUAGCAGAAAACAGCGUGGGCUCCAUUCGUGCGCUCGCGUUUGUCCGGAUCAGAGAGCCUCCGGUGUUAAAGGGUGAAGCCCACAUGUCUCAGACUGUCAUCCACGGGGGCUCUGCAAUGCUCGACUGUCCGGUCCACGGGGACCCCAGCCCCGUUCUCCGCUGGCUCAGGAACGGGACGCCUUUACAGCACCUUGUUCGGAUGCAAACCCUCCACAACGGAUCCUUGGUCAUUUACAGCAUCACUGCUGCAGAUGCAGGAGAGUAUCAGUGUGUGGCUCAGAGUGAGGCUGGAACAGCUGAGAGGACCAUUAAUCUCAAGGUUCAGAUUAACGGAGGCUACUCUAACUGGGAGGAGUGGGGUCCUUGCAGUAGCACGUGUGGGCAAGGUGUUCAAGAACGAGUCAGGUCCUGCAACAAUCCACAACCAGCAAACGGUGGACGCACCUGCAGCGGUCCAAGUGUUGACUCCAGGAAAUGCCAGACUGGUCUGUGUCCAGGUGAGGUCCCACGUAAGACCCGGGGCAGCCUGAUCGGGAUGGUCAACGACAGAGAGUUUGGUGUUUCCUUCCUGGAGGCCAACAUUACAGACAACAUGGAGGAGGGCAGCAGCACUCUACAGGCACACCUGGAUAACAUCCCCCCCACUGUGGGUCCCCUGCUGUGGGUUCUGGUGUCUGUGUUCACUCCCAUCUAUUGGACCACUGUGCUUCAGGGUGAAGCCACCAGAAAUGGCUACUCCUUUACCCAGGGCCUGUUCAGGCAGGAGUCUCAGCUGGAGUUUGAGACCGGUGAAAUCCUUCGCUUGACUCAUGUUGCCAGAGGACUGGAUGCUGAGGGAGUUCUGCUAAUUGACGUUGUCAUUAAUGGAUUUAUACCUCCAUCGUUGUCAUCAUCUCACCUCAGCCUCCAGGAGUUUGAUGAGUCAUACGUGCAAACGGGCCAAGGGCAGCUGUACUCCUGGUCAUCACAGACCCACCAGAGAGGAGGGAAGCCCACGGUGCUGCGCUGUAACCACACAAUUAUUUACGAGGGUCAGGAGGAGCGCCAGGGCCCUGUGCUCCAGCUGCUCAAAGUCUCCGGGAUGAACAGUGUCUACAACAUGUUUACUCUUACGAUGGACUUCCACAUCACUUCAACACUUCUCAUACCAGAUGGUUAUGAAGACACGUGUCCAAAAGGCUUUGUUCUUGACACAGCCUCCUACUGUGCUGAUGAAGAUGAGUGUGCGCUGCAGUCUCCCUGCUCCCAUUCAUGCAACAACAUCAUGGGGGGGUUUACCUGCACCUGCCCCUCUGGCUUCUCCAUUUCUGCAGAGACCAACUCGUGCCACGAUAUUGAUGAGUGCUCCCAAGGCUCCCACAUGUGCCACUUCAACCAGCAGUGUGUAAACACGGUGGGCACAUACCGCUGUCAGGCCAGGUGUGGCUCAGGCUUUAAACCCAGCCUCACAGGAACCAGCUGUGAAGAUGUGGACGAGUGCCAGGAGUCUACCGUCUCUCCGUGCCAUCAUCAGUGUCUCAAUACUCUGGGCUCCUUCCGCUGUAUCUGCCACCCUGGAUACCAGCAGUCAGGACACCGCUGCAUCGACAUCAAUGAGUGCACGAGGAAUGUGUGCCCAGCUCACCAGCAGUGCCGCAACACAGAUGGAGGAUACCAGUGUUUUGACAGUUGCCCAGCUGGAAUGACCACAGGAGAGAAUGGAGCCUGUGUGGACAUUGACGAGUGCCAGGACGGCAGUCACAUGUGUCGCUACACGCAGAUCUGUCAGAACACAGUCGGAGGAUAUGGUUGUGUUUGUCCCAGAGGGUACCGAUCCCAGGGAGUCGGGCUUCCAUGUUUGGAUAUUGACGAAUGUCAGCAAACGCCAAACCCCUGCGCUCACCAGUGCCGCAACGUGCCUGGCAGCUUCAGGUGCCUGUGCCCCCCAGGGAUGGCGCUGCUCGGGGACGGACGCUCUUGCGCAGGACUCGAGAGAGGGCAGACCUUCAUCAAUGGGACUAGAGUCAGGACCAGACUCCGCCCACAGCUGGUGUCAUCCCUCGGCAGGCCCAUCCUCUCUCGUUCCAACGGAGCGUCUCGUAUUACCAGACAGAGUUGUCCUGUGGGCUACACCAACAGAGACGGCACGUGUGUCGAUGUGGAUGAGUGUUUGCUCAGGACGUCAUGUCAGCAUGAAUGCAGAAACACCAUUGGCAGUUUUCAGUGUCUGUGCCCCCCAGGAUACCAGCUACUCCCCAAUGGCAGAAGCUGCAAAGACAUUGAUGAGUGUGUCGAACAAGGAAUUCAGUGUGAACACAACCAGAUGUGUUUUAACACCAGAGGGGGGUACCAGUGUCUGGACACACCAUGUCCAGCGUCCUACCAAAGUGGAAGAAGUCCUGGGACAUGCUACAGGACCUGCUCUCAGGAUUGUGCCACCACAGGCUCUCCUUUGGUCCUCCAGUACAAGCUGCUCACACUUCCUUCUGGCAUACCAGCUACUUACAACGUGAUACGACUAUCAGCGUUCUCAGAGUCAGGAAUCCUGCAGAAGCGUACUUCCUUUACAAUACUUGAGCAAGAGCCGGUGACGGGUAUGAUAGGACGGGUGUUUGGCAUCAAAGAUGAAGCCGGCAGGGGGAUAAUCUUUACCUUGCGAGCUCUGGAGAGACCGGGGCUUGUACGGCUCAAAGUGCAGGCCACCACCAUCUCACUACAGGGUCGUAUCACAUACCAGAGCAUCUUCAUCAUCUACAUCUCGGUCUCAGCAUACCCCUACUGAUCCGACAGGAUGCUUUACACAAGACUCACACAAGUCUGCCUGUCCUCUACAAGACUGAUGAGACUACACAAAGAUACUGUGACAUUUAACUCAUUUGUGAGUGAAUGUCUUAGUGGAACGGAGUCCAGAUGAGAAAAACUAAGACAUUAUGUUGCCAUCACGAGCCUCCAGCUGUCUGAACUCAAACUAACCAUUUGCUUCU